CGAUUCUAAACCAAUAACGCACGGGAUGGUUAUAAGCGUCGGAGAAUAUGAUGCCAUUUAGGCCCGUGGUCCGCCGAUCUAUACCACUGCACUGUUCUAUUCUCUGAUAUCACAUCUACCUACUCCUAUACUUCCCAUACCUAAAUCUACCUCCCACAAAAGCAGUUUCACCCAACAAACCAAGUCAACAAACGAAAAAAUGCCCGCAAAAUCCAUCCUCCUCAUCAACGGCCCGAACCUCAACCUCCUGGGCACCCGCGAACCACACAUCUACGGCAGCACGACGCUCUCGGACGUCGAGACCUCCGCAAAAGCCCAAGCCGCCUCGCUAGGCGCCACACUCGACGCAUUCCAAUCGAACCACGAAGGCGCCAUCAUCGACCGCAUCCAAGCGGCGCGCGGCAAUGUCGACGGCAUCGUCAUCAACCCCGGGGCGUUCACGCACACGUCGGUGGCGAUCCGCGACGCGCUGCUGGGCGUCGGUAUCCCCUUUAUCGAGCUGCAUGUUAGCAAUGUGCAUGCGCGCGAGCCGUGGCGCCACCAUAGCUACUUUAGUGAUAAGGCGGCGGGCGUGAUUGUGGGGUUGGGGGUGUUUGGGUAUAAGGUGGCGGUGGAGCAUGUGGCGGUUAAUUUUAAGGGGAGGGAUGAGAAGGCGGCGUUGUAG